AUGUCUCGUCUUCGCGAACUAACGGAACAUGUAUCGAAAGCAAAACAUAGAUGGACGGGUCACAUCAUGAGAAGAAUCGACGACAGAUGGACUAAAAGAACGCUAGAGUGGAUCCGAAGAGAUGCUAAACACCCUCGAGGGAGACCGCCAACGAGAUGGGGUGACGUGUUCGUUACACGGAUGGACCAGCUGAGAGGUCAGCUGGAUACGGCUCAAGGACCUCGUCAGUGUCACUCACGAAACUUGAGAACUUCUUCGAUGACAAUGGCGAGGGAAUGA